AUUUAAUGACACCAUCCGCCUGUAUAAGCGCGCAACUUUCUAACUGUAUUUGUCUUUAAGGUCCAUGUUCACAGCAGAUGAAUUAUUUAGCAUUUUCAAAAGUUUUCUGUUUUAACAUAUCUGGAUGAAAACUGUAUUCCUCUAGUUAACCAUAUCCAAUUAUCUAGCUAGAUUGCUAACGUGGCAGUGUUAUGAGAAAAUGUCAACAAAUAUGGACGAGGAGGAAAGGCAACUUCAGAGACUGAAAGCAGCAGUCCACCAUACAGUUGGAAGACUGUGUCAAAGCCUUGGUGAGAAUCACCAGAUGGAAUUCAGUCGACAGGUUAUAGCAGCCAUAUCUGAAACGACGUUCCGGCAGUGUGAUGUUUUUGCGAAGGACUUGGAGGCCUUUGCAAGGCAUGCUAAAAGAAGCACAGUAUCUAUGGAGGACGUGAAGCUAGUGGCUCGUCGAAGUACAGCACUGUAUGACUUCAUACAAAGGAAGAGUGAAGAGAUUACCAGCACCAACCAAGAGCAGAAAGACAUGAAGAAGAGCGGAGUGAAGAGGAAGAAUAAGGACACAGAGACAGAAGCAAUGGAGUAG